UUUGUCGAUCUAGAUUCAAACUUUCCAGAGUGAAUAUGCGUUGUCCUGAAAUAUUCUUACGAGUGGUAAUCUAGAGAGAUCUCAUCUAAGGUAUCAUAAGAAUGGGACAAACACACCAGCGGCUAGGAUGACGUCGAUACUCCGAACGCCCCAGCGCGUUUCAACCUCAAGUGCUCGCCUACGACAAGUCGUCAUCAUAUCCGUCAUCUGCCUAGCUCUCUACUGCUUCCUUCUCGUACCAGAUCACAGUCUCGACUCAUCACGAUCCACCAUCGUAGAUACCUUUCCCCAUUCUCACCCUCACCACCCGUCUAAUCCCAAUUCCAACCUCAACACCAACUCCAAGUCAAGCCCAGCAUGGAUAUCAAAACACCCCCCUUCCCUCCUUAACAACCGACUCCUCAGCACCUCCCAAUGCGCCGCCGCCUUCCCAGGCCUAACCCACGAAAUCGGCCUCCAAGUCUCCAAGGGCCCCUUCACACUCUCCCGACGUCCGCACGACCUCGGCCCCCUCAUAGCCCGGAUCCGGAACAACCAACUCUUCAUCCUCUCCUACGCGCGAAAAUCCGACCUCUCAAAAGAGAUGCUACAGCACCGCUCCGCAACCCUCCACCAAAUCGCCACAGCCCUCCUAACCGCGCCCCCAGACGAACCGCUCCCCGACACAAUAAUCGCACUAAACCACGAAGACGACCCAAUCUCCCCCUCACUAUCCUACUCACGUCCCGCCGACCCAGCCUUCAACGGCCCCUCAAAGCGAUACUUCGCCAUGCCGCACUUCAGCCAAUACUCCUGGCCCUCGCCCACAAUCCACUCCCUCCCUUACGCCAUCCAGCGCAUCCACACCCUCGAAUCCAGCCUCCCCUGGUCCCAAAAGCCGUCCCGCGCAAUCUGGCGCGGAACAACCUGGUUCAACAACCCACGCGCCGGGCCCCUGCGGCAAACCCUCGUCUCCAGCAGUUCCGGCAAACCCUGGGCGGACAUCGAAGCGCUGCACGCGAACCACAGCAACGCUUUGCCGAUCUGGGAUUUCUGCCGGUACCGCUACGUGAUCCACACGGAAGGCGUAACCUACUCCGGGCGCUUCCAAUACCACCAACUGUGCAACUCAGUAAUCCUCACGCCUCCGAUAGCAUGGAUGCAGCACCUAACGCACCUCUCGAAACCCGUCUUCAGCAGCUCCCUCCCGGGCGUAACACGCACACCUCCCUCCCACCCCCAAUCCCAGAAACCAGCAGCGUACCCCGCGCCCUGGGUGCAAGCCGCAUGGCCACGCUCGCACGACCCGGAGCGGGACGCGAACAUAGUAUUCGUGUCGCCAGACUGGACGGACUUAGAAUCGACCAUCGAGUGGUUGGAGCGCCACCCGCGGGUAGCGGAGGGGAUAGCGCGGCGGCAGCGGGAGCUGUUCGAUGGCGGGGGGUACUUCAGCGGCGCGGCGGAAACGUGUUACUGGCGGGCGCUGAUCCGGGGGUGGAGUCGGGUGGUGAGGGUUGACGAGAGGGAGUUUGCGGGUUUGGAGGAGAUGGCCUGGGAGGAGUUUAGUUUGAAAGAGAUCCAUAAGUAGGGAAGUAAGGAGGGAUAGGAUUGAGUUGGGGAAAGGAAUUUGCGUUGAUCGCGAGAUAUUGGAUGAGUCACCUAAGAAAAAAAACGUGGGGUUGAGACAUCG